AUGAGCUUCCUACACUGCUGCAUCAAGGAGGCGCUGCGGAUGCACCCUCCAGGACCAAUAUUUCUUUGCAAGGUGCACAAGAACUUCACCGUGCGAACUAGAGAAGGCUAUGAGUAUGAAAUUCCGAAAGGUCAUACCAUAGCAAGCCCUCUAGUGAUAAACCACAACAUUCCCUACAUUUACAAGGACCUUGAUGUGUAUGACCCGCACUGGUUUGGUCUUGGAAGGGAGGAAGAUAGAGUUGGUGGCAAGUUCACUUACAACGCGUUCAGUGGUGGAAGACAUGCUUGCCCUGGUGAAGCUUAUGCCUAUAUGCAAGUGAAGGUGAUAUGGAGCCAUUUGCUGAGGAACUUUGAGCUCAAGUUGGUGUCACCAUUCCCCGAGACCGAUUGGCUAAAGGUUACCCCAGAACCUAGAGGGAAAGUGGAGGUGAGUUACAAAAGACGGAUGCUACCUAGGAGCAUGCUGGAAAACUGA